GGCUACAAGAAAGGGAGUCUCCAAGUAGGCAUAAGCAUGGUUGCCAAGGAUCCCCUCAAAAACUGGGAUCCCAAGUUUGGUAGAUUCCACAGCAUUUGGGCAGGAGAGGCUGCUACGGAAUGGGCCAGUAAAUAUGGAGUUUUACCAGAGGCGAUGGACCCAACACAACUCUUUUUUCCUUACAAAAAGUCGGCUUUAACACCACACGCACUUGAUAAUCCGAGGUUGAAGGCUGAAAGGAAGAAUCAUCAGAAGUGGAUUUUGUCAGGAUAUUGGCCCGAACUCUUGGAAGAAAUCGGAGCUUAUCCUUAUCCUUUGAACUAUUUACCAGUUUUAACCAAUCCUAUUGAUCCAAUUUUUCAAUUAAAUCAAUGGCAGCCUCCUCACACACUAGAGACAUGGCCAAUAAUUCGAAUGGAAUUUCCACCACACAAACCAUUCUUCCCUAUUGAACCAGACAAUACUGGGCUAUGGACAGCAGAUAAUCCUGCUGUCUGGAGACGUUUAGACCCAAUCUUGAGAUUGUGUACUAGACUUUUGCACCAUUCUGCGGCCACAUGCUGGCUUGAUGCUUUCUAUUUUGGAGAUCGUACGGAUGUUCCUGAACGCCUGGAUCGCCGUCCUGCUUGGCAGAAGCUCGAACAGGGACCCUUAAAGUUCUUCCACAAACGGGAUCCUUGGCUUCUAAAUACUGCUAAAACGGCAGAAAAAACGGCAUUGUUGAAGACAAUAAUGCGGAAAAGAGUUCAAUUUGGCAUUGGUUCAUCUUUUCUCACACCCUGGGAUCGGAGAACCCCAAAUGGGUCUGGUUUGGGCUGGGAGGGCUUCACAAUUGUGUCAACCGAGCGGCAGAGCAAGAAUCUUGAGUUUUACACAGAAAACAAAGCUUGGAUUGAAAUAGCCCUCGAAUUGCUUUUACCUUUGUUCAGGAAUGAUCUUUCGCCAAUAGAAAAAUUGUCCUGUCAAUUCUAUAUUGCCUCGACUCUUUUGCAUGAAUUUGCACACUCAUUGAACCAACUUCAAGAGUCUCCAAUGGGGCGAACCAUUAUACGAAACGAGCCUGCAUAUGGUGGAGAUGUGAAAGGGAAUGGUGCUGAGGUAUUCUGCGAGCUAGGCUAUUCAUUUGUAAAAGGGCUCCUCGGUGCAAUGCCAAAAAUUCUCAAUCCUGGAAUCAUUGUUGGUGCUCCAGCAGUAACUUUGUUACUCAGUAAAGAGAUCCCCGCACGUAAAUACGAUAAGGGAAUUUUCUUACACGAAGCCGGUGAGCAUUUCGCACAAUAUGAGGCAACGAAUAAGCUUGUACCUAUCGUUUCAAAAUAUUACGAGUAUAUACAUAAUGACGGGUUUUGGGAUAAAGUGGCUACAAACUUUGGUGUGUCUAUAAUAGCACCCACACCAGCUCCAGUUGUUGUUGUCGAACCAGACCCCUCACGUCCGGAGUUGUCAAGUUAUGUCUUCAACAAUUCUCAAAGAAAGUGGAUGUAUGAAGUGCAAGCUAUAAAGUCGAAUGCUCAAUUACUCUCAUCACUAACUCCAGAACAGAGGAAGGCUUAUGACGUUGCAUUAGUACAGAAAGACGAUGAGCUCAACAAAUUAAGAAAGUUGAAAUACCUUCAUGUGCGGGAUAAAACAGCAAAAAGUGUCAAUGAGUGCAAUGCUGCUCUUGAAAGUUUCUUUACACGAAGCCCCGGAGAACUCUCAGAUUCUGAAAUACUUCGACUGCUUGGUUGCUUUGCCGAGACUUUAAAGCGCGAGGCCGAUCAAGAGACACAAUGCGCUAUUGACUUCAUGGCAGAAGCCGAGCUCGAAACUCCAUUCAAUGUUGAAUUUAAGCAAAGGUUGUUAGAUAUAAACCGGGUGGCGAGAAAAAUGGUCGGGAAAGCAAGUGCAGACUGUGAACGGGUUGGUGUCGCUACGCUUGGACCGGACUUUCAUGAGUUACGUGCAAAGUUCGACAGAACUUUGUACAUAUUGCGAGCUAUCAAUUUCAUCCUCGUUCAACAAGUGAAGGCAGAUAAAAACGAAACGUACGAAGAGGUAAUUGAUCGAGUUGGAACUGCUAUGGAUUAUGAAGGACUUGAACGUUUGCAAUCAAGUGAUGCACAGGAUGAAAUAGCACAGUCAGCUUCGCAAGAAACGAUAACGGCCCAAGCCAUGAAUGCAUACCAGAAGCAUGACUACGUCGAAUGCCAUCGUCUCGGGGGGGUGUUGUUAUCUCAAUUCGAUCUGGAAGGAUAUGCUCAAGGAAUAGGAAUGGUUCUGAUAGCUAUGCAUCCUGGAGAGAUUAGACGCAGAUGGUGUGCCAGGCAAGGGCUCCACGUUCUCAAUAUCAUGGUCAAAUCAAACGCGAAUCCUUUCCUAGAACUCUGGGUAGAAGUUGCAAUGCAGGUCCAUGAUGCCAUUGAGGAUCUAGCUGUAAAUACCGGGAUUGGAGAUACUCUCUGUGUACUGGAAAUUGAUUGAAAUUUCUCAUUUGAAACUAGUUGAUCAAGGAAAGCAAAAUUCAUCACAGUAACAAAUUCACAUCGUUGAGGACCGUUUGCAUCCUGCUGGGGAAAUACACCAAUACGACUGGAUUUAUUUUGUCA